AUGAUGCUGGUUGACUUCCAAGGAGCCUCUGAGCCGAGCAAUGGGAGUGAGCGGCAGGUGCUGCAGCCCGAGGGCCCCAUGCUGGUGGCAGAAGGUAACACACUCCCACUGUGGUGUUCAGUGGACAGCUCCUACACUGGUGACAUGAUUAAAUGGGUCAAGGUGAGCCAACAGCUCCAGGAGAUUUAUAACUUCAAACACGGCUUCUUUCCUGGGGUGACGCAGCAGACACUGGAGCCACGUAGUUGUGACUACUCCAUCUAUAUCCACAAUGUCACCAGCAAGGGUGCUGGAAGCUGCCACUGUGUGGGGUUUAGUGACUUGAGUGAGAAAUCAGAAAAGACCUUAGAGGAGGGCACCUCCGUACUUGUGAAUGGAGCUGGGGACCCAGAGCCGGACCUGUGGAUCAUCCAGCCCCAGGAGUUGGUAUUGGCAACCACCGGAGACACUGUAUUCCUGAACUGCACAGUGCUUGGAGAUGGUCCCUCAGGACCCAUCUGGUGGUUUUGCGGGGCUGGUCUGAGCCGGGAGGCCAUUUACAACUUUGAAGGCAUCUCCCACCCCAACGUGACAGCAGUCCGGGCCUCCAGCAGGGAUUUUAGCAUUCUUCUGCAAGGUGCCUCUGGGGAGCGGGCAGGCACCUACUACUGUGUCAAGUUUCAGAGGAAACUCAACAGACAAUACCUGUCCGGACCGGGCACCAAGCUGUGAGUAAAAGCAAACCACACUUCUCCCCAAGAGACAGAAUUCACCAGUGAACAUGUAGACAGGCUAUUUCCAUCAGACCUCCUGUCUGUGUUCACACUUGUGGUCCUGGGACUGAAGACAAUGACCUUGGCUGCACUCCUGCUGGCCCUGGCUCCAUACUGGAGGAGGCGUCAGCAAGAAGACAUCAAGACUCCAGGCCCAGCAGGACUGGGCCCCCCUUAG